CGCCCAUUAGGCUGGUUGGUAACGGGGUAGACAACUGUAUUCGGGUCCUUCUCACACCUCUGCUCUUGGUUCCCGAGCUUCAUCCUCAGGAUAGAUCUGCCUUAUGAGACUUUGCCCUUCUUCAGGGAGAGCACUCAAGAGAUCAGGAAAAUGGCCACGGGGCUCCUGAAAGCCAAAAAAGAGGCAUUUGUGGCGUUCGGGGAUGUGGCUGUGGACUUCACCCAGGAGGAAUGGAGGUUGUUGAGCCCUGCUCAGAGGACCUUGCACAGGGAGGUGAUGCUGGAGACUUACAACCACUUGGUCUCACUAGAAAUUCCAUCUUCCAAACCAAAAUUCACUUCUCAGCUGGAGCGAGGGGAAGAGCCCUGGAUAGAGGAGAGGCAACGUCUGCUGAGUCUCUGUCCAGCAGGAUCAAAGCUAGAAAUUCAACCUUGUCCCUCCUGUCCUCUGGCAUUCUCUAGUCAGCAAGCCCUCAGCCAACAUGUGUGGCUCAGUCAUCUCCCUCAGUUUUUCUCAAGUUUAUGUGCAGGAAAUCAUCUCCAUUCAGGGAAACAAUAUUCAGAAGAUCAGAAACAGCAGCAGGAGCAACUCAUUGAUCAAACCUGCUCAAGCAACAAAGCAGAAAUUCAAGAGAGAGAAGAAGAUUCCAAGCUUUUGUUUGGGAGAGUAAGUAAAAGCAGCACUUCAAAGGCAUUCUCCAGAACCCUGGAAGAACAGCCAGUAAGGUCCAAGGAAGACAACACAGUGGUGGACAUAGUGCCCAGCCCUGCCCAGAGGACAAACCUUGAGGAAACAGACAAAAUAUUACAUGGUUUAGAAGUCUCAGGAUUUGGAGCAAUCAAAUAUGGAGAGUUUGGGCUAGGCUUUAUCAAGGAGUCAAACCAGCUCAGCCUCCAGAAGACACACACAGGGGAGACCCCUUACAUGUACACUGAGUGGGGACAAAGCUUUAGCAGUAUGUCAGUCCUCAUCAAAAACCAGAAGACACACUCUGGGGAAAAGCCUUAUGUGUGCAGGGAAUGUGGACGAGGCUUUACUUGGAAAUCAAACCUCUUCACACAUCAGAGGACACACUCAGGGGUCAAGCCUUAUGUGUGCAAGGAAUGUGGGCAGAGCUUUAGCCUAAAGUCAAACCUCAUCACACACCAGAGGGCACACUCUGGGGAGAAGCCUUACAUUUGCAAGGAAUGUGGACAUGGCUUUCGCCAGCAUUCACACCUCAUCAGACAUAAGAGGACACAUUCAGGAGAGAAGCCUUAUGUUUGCAGGGAGUGUGAGCAAGGCUUUAGCCAGAAGUCACACCUCAUUAGACACUUAAGGACACACACAGGAGAGAAACCUUAUGUGUGCACAGAAUGUGGGCGUCACUUUAGCUGGAAAUCAAACCUCAAGACACACCAGAGGACGCACUCAGGAGUUAAACCUUAUGUGUGCCUGGAAUGUGGGCAGUGCUUUAGCCUGAAGUCAAACCUCAACAAACACCAGAGGUCACACACAGGGGAGAAGCCAUUUGUAUGCAGGGAGUGUGGGAGAGCCUUUACCCGGAAAUCAACCCUCAUCACACACCAAAGGACACACUCAGGGGAGAAGCCAUUUGUAUGCACAGAGUGUGGGCGAGGCUUUAAUGAUAAGUCAACCCUCAUCUCACACCAGAGGACACAUUCAGGGGAAAAGCCUUUCAUAUGCAGGGAGUGUGGUAGAAAGUUUAGCCAGAAGCCAAACCUGUUUAGGCACAAGAGGGCACACUCAGGGAGUAUACCCUUUGUGUGCAGGGAGUGUGGACAAGGCUUUUGUGAUAAGUUAACUCUCAUUACACACCAGCGGGCACACUCGGGGGGGAAGCCUCAUGUAUGCAGGGAGUGUGGGCAAGGCUUUAGCCGGCAGUCGCACCUUAUUAGACAUCAGAGGAUCCAUUCAGGAGAGAAGCCUUAUAUUUGUAGGAAGUGUGGGCGAGGCUUUAGUCGGAAAUCAAACCUCAUCAGACAUCAGAGGACACACUCAGGAUAGAAACCUUGUGUGGACAAGCAGUGAAACCUUUAGCCAGUAGUCACACUGCACGAGACACCAGAAGUCCCACCCAGGGCUGUAGCUUUAGUAAUA